AUAGAGAAAAGUUAAAGAGCCAUUGACGCUCUAGCCUAUUUAAAAUGGCCUCUCAAGAAGUUCAAAUGCCGUUUAUUCGCAACCUCGCUUCAAGCGAUCGCAAACUCCGAACGGCUUCCCUAGAGACCCUCACAACAUUCUUAUCCUCCCGCUCAUCCCUUUCCGACAUCGACGCCCAGAAGCUCUGGAAAGGUCUCUUCUAUGCCCUCUGGAUGACCGACCGUCCUCUCCCCCAGCAGCGUCUCGCAACCGAUCUCGCCAAUCUCCUCUUCACCCUGAAGCCCGUCUGUGCCAUCCCUUGGUUGCGCGCCUUCUGGACCGUCCUUGGCCUUCAGUGGACCGGCAUCGACGUCCUCCGUCUUGAAAAGUUUCUUCUUCUCGUCCGUCGCGUUUUCGCCUCGCACGUGCGUUUCCUGAGGGAGCGCGAAUGGAAGGAUGGCGACGUCGAGGCCAUUGUAGGCAUCUUGGCCGAGUUCCCUUUCGACAAGGAGGGCGAUUUGCGAAAGAACCCCGUGGGUAUUAGACUGCAUGCGCUGGAUAUCUGGGUUGAUGAGUUGGAGCGCGAGAAGGCGCUGGAGCAGCCCGAGGCUGAGGCCUUUGUCAAGAGCUUGGGAGAUGUCGUGAUUGCGCUGAAGAGGUGUCCUGUCAAGCCCGUGAGAGCGCGCGCAGGCGAUAGCUACGAGGACGAGAGAUUGCCAUGGGUCCAAGCUGCCAGCGGUGGUGAAGAGGAGGAUGACGACGAGUGGGGUGGUAUUGAGGAUUAAGAGGCCGGUCUUUUGCAGGCGCAUGGCGUUGGGUUAUGGAAAAAUGCAUUGCGGUUUAAAACCGACUUCUUUAUACGUGGGCUGGAGGCUGAUACCACCUGAAAAUACCAUCACCAUCUAUUGUCAUUACUGUAAAACGAAUGCGAAAAUGCGAAUUGAAACGCCUGCUUCCGGGAUAUAUUUUUAGUAGUAGUAAUACGAAUGUCCUCUUGUACAUAAUGUACCACACCUCUGAUUAAUGAAGACAGGUAGGUAUUACCAGACCUUCUGGUCUCCUCCAACAGUUUCAUCCUCAUCCUCUGCGAUCUCAUAGCCCAUCUCUCUUGCUUCCUUCUGUCGCUCCUGCUCACGUCUUGCUUGUCGCCACGCCUCCCACUUAGCCCGUUGCUCUGCGGUCUGUACUCGAGGCUUCACGAGGCCCUUCUUACGAAGUCGUCGACGAUGCUGACGCUUCUGUUCAAACGAGAGUUUGUUGAUGUCGAUGUCGGUGAUUUCGCGAUCGUAAUAGACAUCGACCAUGUCUGCGACCCAAUCCCCAACUUCCUCCUUGAAUUGCUCAGCGAGGAUACGUCCACGGCCACCUGUAGCCCACUGGUCCAGCUUCACGGGUAUAGCGUUACCAAAGGUAGGAUCGUUGACAGACCAGACGCAGGGAGAGCCGCUACAGCGAAUAGGACGGCAGAACUGGGCGCACAUGGCGGACUCAGCAAGAUACCACGACCCUAAGAGGAAAAG